ACGAAGCUAGUACUUCCGGUAUUUCGUGGCAGACGAAAAUACCAAAGUAAGUCAGACAUAUCGAAAUUUGAGGUUCAACAAGUUACUGUACAUUGUCAUUCAUCCAACUCGAGUUUUAGGAUGUCAUUUUGUUUCUUCAGUAUCUCUCAAACAAAUAACAUCUUUUCUGUUUCCACUUUUCUGACGUAUCGAGUGUAACACUAGUAUGACUCGAUGAUGUUGCAAAAUUGAAGCAAGAGUGUUGGGAAAACAACGAAACAGAAGACUCGAAGAGUGAGAAGUAAGAAGUCAAAGUGAAGUUGACAGUCAAACCAUGGAUGACUACGUUACAGAACGUCAUUUAAAACUGAUGCGUGAAAGGUUGAAUGCUGAGAAGAUCAAGCUAUGGUUGACCCCAUAUACUUUGGAAUCCGGAGAGAGAGGGGAUGUUCCAAAGGAACUGAUAAGCAGAUAUGCUAAAGAUCUGGGACUUGCAGAAACAGAAGUUGUUGAGUUGUUGGAAUCUCUAAGGCAACAUGCUCUUCAGAAACUUUCUGAGCGUGACAAGUUUCAGAAGGAAGGCAUAGCAACUUUGAAAAUGAUCAUCACUGCCUGCCAAACAGAAGAGGGUUUGAGGAAGCAUGCUUACACAACAGAAAUCCAAUUAAGUGCUGAUGGAUCUGACCUGAGGAAGAAGGUGGCCCAUAAAUGUAACCUUCCCAUUGACCAGAUCAAGCUCAUCACCUGUGGCCGUGUCAUUAAGGAUAAUGCUUCCUUGCAAGAACAGAGUGUUAAGAAUGGGUCCAAGGUGAUGGCUGUGCGGCUGUCGGUUGCUGAGGCAGAGGCACACAGGCAACAGAAACAGGCUUCUAAUGUCGCCAAAACUCGCGAAGCCGCGGAACUUCUCACAACCAAGAUAGACUCAGAAGAAGAUGACUUUGACAUCCAAAUUGCUGACCAGUCUGGGAAGCCAUUACAACUCCCUCUGGAAGAGAAGAAGGCCCUGACUCUUGCCAUGACACUUCAUGAGAAGGGGCGAGCAUCGCUGAAGAAGAAGGAGAUAUCUCAAGCUUUGUUGUUGUUCCUGGAAGCUGACACAGAGUUUAGCAAGUGCAAGGCUGAACUACUGCAUGCUGUCGACAACUAUGCAGUCCUGUGUCUGGAUAUCGUCUGGUGCUAUCUCUGUCUCAAGAAUGUGGAUCAGCUUCCUGAUGCAGAGUGGAGACUUGAGCAGAGUGAAAAAUGUUUCCUCCGAAGUUAUGGGGCUAACAAUGAACGUCUGACGGCCGUGAAGGGUGGGACAGGGAGUGAACAAGCCCAGGCCUUGUUCAUGAGGCUCCAUCUUCUGCAGGGAGUCAUGGCCUUCCAUCAACAUCGAGUCAAGGUUGCAGCCAAACUCCUUGGCCAGGCUGAAGAAGAGUUGAAGUCUUUACAAGUGGAUGAAAAUCUUAUCACUGAAGUGAUGUCUGUUGGCUUCAAGGAGAAGGAGGCUCGACUUGCUCUCAGGGCUUGUAAGGGGGAUGUCCAGAAAGCCGUGGAUCAUAUCAUCAACAGGAGAAAGGAGAAAAAAGAGAUGAAUAUGAAGCUGAAUCAAGAAAGGAAAGAAAAAUUGAGAGCCAAAAAGUUUGGAAAAACUGCAAGUGGAGAGUGGCUGAACAUGCACAACAUGGACAUGUUGGUUGGUAUGGGGUUUGCCAGCGGUGCUGCUGCGGAGGCUCUCAAACAGGGUAAUAAUGAUGUCAACAUGGCUCUUGAGAUUCUACAGACACAUCCAGAGCUGCUUGACAUUGUUGAUCCAGAGGAUGAGGAGUGGGAGGAUGUGCAUGUCACAGAUGAUAUGUUGGCUCAGCUGACAGCCUUGGGUUAUGAGUUGGAGAUGGGCCGACGGUCACUGAUGAAACACAAAGGAAAUGUUGAGAAGGCUGUUGAUGACCUGAUCAGAUCUGGAGGCUUCAUACCUCCUAAUGCCCCAAUGCCAGGUUCCUCCCGGGACAGAGACAAUUCUAAUGAAAGGAAGGAGGAGAUGGAAGCCCUGGACAGUCUGAUGUCUGACAUUUCCCGGGACGAGGACGACUACCUUGAUCUGACAUUGAAAGAGGAAUCCGAAAUACUCUGUGAAUACAGAACCAUGCUUGCCAGUCUGGAUGUGUCAUAGAUACAUGUCUUUGACACAUCUAUGUGACAAGUCAUUCAUGAGAUCACCUUUAUAUAUGUACUCAAGAUACAGCCUGCUGAUGUUUUGACUAAGUACUAGUUCAACUGUUAAGUAACCAGUAGAGUAUAUGUAAUGGUGAGCAAAUAUGAAAAUCUGGUCAAUAUUCAGUCAGAAGUCACAUGACUUGAAAAUAUUGAUUGAUUUGGACCAAUUUCAGUUUAAGCCAACUAAAUUAUUGAAUAUCAAGGAUGAGUAGAGGUCGCAUGGUCAUGCAUGCCCCAGACUGAAUUGGAUCAUUUGAGAUUCACUCAUCUGCUUAAUGUUAUGUUUCGAGAUUAAGCUAGCAGGAGCUGACAACUCUCAUUCCAUCACAUACAAAUCAUAGUAUAGUAUCUGGGUCUAAAUGUAUAGUCAUUCUUAGUUCAACUUUGGUUUUUUUUACUCUCAUUGGCAAGACUGCAGGCAGUCAUCUUGGUUAAUAUCAGAAACCCAGUCAAACUAGAUGGAGCUUGAUUUGAUCUCAAUAUUCAGUGGGGUUUGCAUGAUCCAAUGGAGAGUCUAACAUUUGGAUUCAGUCAGAAGAAAAUGUUAAUGACAGUUCGAGAAUACAGUAGCUCAGUAAAUCAGUUUAUUGUCCUUAUGGUUUUAGAUUAGCUAGUUAAUAAGAUCCUUAUGAAGCCCACAAGUAUUGACAUCAUUUUGACAAUGCAUGUUUUUUGUUUUUUUGUUAUCUUUUCGACAAUAGGGAAAACACUCCUAUUCUUUAGCCACUUUAAAGUGUGGAUAAUUUGGAUUAAUAUAUUCAUGUCUACUGAUUUUACAAUAUUGGUGUCUAAAUUCAUCAAAAGUUUCUUGACUCUUAUUUCAUUAAAUCAGAACAAACUUGUGUAAUAAUUUCUAACACAAAGUCCAUGAUUUUAAUAUAAACAAACAUCAAUGAUGUCAGAUAAUUUCUAAGAUAUCCAGGAACCAAAUAUGCAAAACUGGCCACGCUGUACAGAAGUAUGUAUUUGGUUAUGAAUCUAUUGAAACAUUUAUGUUUGUUAUUGACUUUGACAGCCAAUGAAGCCAAUUUCUUUUCCUAGCAAGACGAUAUUACGGAUAUAAAAUCAACCAUGGUUCUAAAAUACAUGGUUUAUGCAUUGUAAUAAUUGGACAGUAUGUUCACAGAUAUAUGGCAUACAUGAACCAAAAAAUUGUGUGUUUCUUCAUGUCAUUAAUUGUGACCUUUUGAUUUCACAAGCAGUUUUUCACUCAUUUAAAAAAUGUAAAUACCCAUGAGCAUCAUAAUUUUAACAAAAGAUAUUUGCAUAAAAUUUCAUUGUGGGAUUUUGAAAGGUUGAUUUCACUAAUAUGCCCAAAGUUUGCAGUAUGUAAUGCAUAAUGUAUCAAAUUUAUGCAAAUUCUAUGCAAUCUAUGCAAUUUUCAACAUUAAGGUACUCUUUUUUGAGGAGAAUAGUUGAUAACUAUAUUGAUAAUAAAGAGACACACCUUAUA